UCCUCAGCCAAUGGCGCCUUCCCCGCGCUCCGCACCAAUAGCAGGCGGCGUUGUGGUUGCCCCGCGGAAGUUAAGCGAAGCGGGCGCGUUGCUAUAACGGAGGAGAGGGGUGAAGGCAGCUGGGUCAUGUGCGCAGCCCCUAGUCGAGCGGGGGGUGGCGGGACGGGCAGGGAGCGCUACGUGCGGGUUUUUGAAGCAUGUGAUGAAGAUAAAAAAGGAUAUUUAAGCAGAGAGGACUUUAAGGUUGCUGUAGUGAUGCUAUUUGGUUACAAACCCUCAAAGGUGGAGGUGGAUUCAGUAAUGGCCUCGGUGCAACAAAAAAAUUCAGGUGUAUUACUUGAAGAAUUUUUAAAACUUAUGAGUACAAAGAAGGCUGCACAACUACACCAUAGUGAAAUAAGGCAGAUAUUCACAGCUUUUGACAUGCAGUAUAGAGGAUUUUUGACUUUGGAAGAUUUCAAAAGAGCCUUCAAUUCCAUUGCUCCAAAGUUACCUGAAAGGAUCAUAGUUGAAGCUUUCAGAAUCAGAAUAUUUCCCUCAGGAGACAGAAAAAGGCAAUGCCACUCACCCCCAGAGUCUAGAAAAUGUGGCUUCUGAAGCCGUAAGAGGAAGCCAGUUAAAAUGUUCGUUCCUAGAGCCUUUGAUAAGUGGUACUGACUACCUUCAAAAAGUUUGACAAAUGGAGGAUUUUGCCCUUGAUUCAGCCCUGAGAUGACCAGAUUGAUUUAAAAUAAAAAAAACCUUUAGACCCUUAGAUUCUCUUUCAUAUCUGGGAGACAGAAAACUGGAUUCCAUUCUGAAGUAAUAGCAUGAUGACUUAAGGAGGUUUCAGUACACUCCUAAAUUCUUUCUGUUAAUCCCAAAAGUUUAAAAUCUAAGACGUCCUAAAAUCUCUCUUCCGUCUGAUGAAAGAGAGACUAGCAGACUUGCUUGGAUGGUAGAAGCACUUUGGGGAGCUGACCAGCUAAAUGGUCUUUGUUGAAAGAGAGAAUGUGGCACAUCCUUCAACUAGAGGGGAAGGAUGUGAGCUAUGUAUCUAUAUCUCUUCAGCAACUGGUACCAGGACUCAGUCAUGAUUCAUUCAGACAAUGCCCAGGUCUUGGGAUAUUCAAACUGAAAGAGCAAAAGUGUGUGCGCCAAAGCAAAGAUUCUUGUGUAUUGGCCAGAAUUUAAUUACUGUUAUUAUAGCACUCAGAGACCUAGAUCAAGAAUGGGGCCUCAUCAUGCUAAAUGUUGGCUCUGCCCAAUGGAGAUUUACAGUCUAAGAUAUUUCUCUCCCAUAUAAGUAGUUUUUCUGAUGUGGGUCCUCAGAAAUCAAGUUGAUUAACUGACCAGGAUAUGGCAGGAUUCACUCAAGUGAAUGAGAACUGUUUGACUUAAUGUGCUGGAAGUGAAGACCUGUAAACCUUGAAUUUUUUAUUUGAGCCAACUAAAAAGUCCACAGGUUUCAUGCCAGUUCUGGUAACUGUCGCUUGCUAUAGAUUUUUUUUUUUCUGAACCCACUGUAUUUAAUAAUGUGGGAGAUAUAUGGUUCUCAUGCAUAACUUCAAUGUGGCUUCAGUGGACUUGGUACAAAGAACUUCUGCUAACCCUGUAGCUGAGGAUUCCACUUUCUCUUGAUCGAAGGCCCAGCAAAGUGCAGUCAUUUAGAAAAGCUUUUUUCUGGCAAUUUACAGGCACUCGAUGUGAGACCUGGGUCUUUCAUUAGCACCAUCCUUGAGAGUGGACACAGGCUCCCUUUUCAUGUCUGUGUCUUACAAAAAUGACCUCUCUACAAGAAGGCCUUGAUUGUCUCCAUUUUAGAUUUCUUUCCGUCAGGCCUACAUCGGGAUCUAGUGCCUCCUGUCUUUGAAGUCCAGAUCUGUGUGCUAGUAAGGUGGAAGGUGAAUUGAUUCAUAGUGGGUUCUUAUUGUCAAGGCAGUCUGUCAACCAGCCAGUGAUUCCUUUUUGGAAUCUUGAAAUUUUCUUUUUUAUCCUCCUUCAUCCCAUUCCUUUGAAUUUAUGACUGUCAUCAUUUUCCUUCCUCCUCUAUCUUCCUCAAUCUGUGAUAAGGAAGAAACUUCCUUGAAUGGAUAAAUUGUUCUGUAACUUGUCCCUCAUAUGGUUUCUUGCUCCUUUCUUUGAAGCAUCUGAUACUUAGGGUUGCCAACUUUCUAAUCGC